AUGGCUAGCAAGCCACGAGAAGACCCGGGUUCGACUGUCCCGGUGGAAGAUCGGAUUCUAAGCAAGAAAGAGAUCAAGGCGAUCCUCUCAGGAGCACCACAUUUCUUACUGGAACGAGGCAAGCAUAAACGCUGGUAUCCCCAAGUUAUCUUCCCCUGGGAUGAUCAUCGCCCAUCCAUCCAGCGAAUGCUGGAUCGCAAGCCGCUUUCUCAUCCGGCUUUCACUCUAUGUACUCUUCAUGCCCACCUGCCCGUGCCAGACGACUGGGCCGUGAGAGGGGGCGUACCGACUCCAAUCGAAUGCUGGGGGCGAAGCGACGCCUCCAAAAGAGCCACCUUCGACGUGGGCAUAUUCGAAGUCCCAAACAUGCUCGGCAACAAUGGUCGAGAACCGGGGACUGUGGGCUUCCGACAUUUCCUUGAAUUACCAAUAUCGGACGCAAGAAGAUACACUGGCCCGGAAGAGCCACGCCAGGCCCCCAAUAUCCUGCGCGUGAAUUCUCUACCAGCAACGGAGGCCUUUGAUCUCAUGGAAAACUACAACAGGCCUUAUUCGCAGUGCCUGAGUGGAGCUGUCUAUGAUAGGCGACAACUGAUCCGAGAUGGUCCGAAUGCCUGGAAGCGCAUCGGAGUCCGCGACAUCAACUUACGGACUUUGACGAAACGGAUCGACCAUCUGCGACAGAUUCGUCGCGGCGUGCUUCGUGAUGGUUCAACAAGUACCAUACUCGAUUUUGAAACAUCGCACGAGCAGCAUGACCUGCUACAUUCGCAGUUUCUCUACCCCCGCCCACCACUGGCCGACGUGAUGCCGGGACACCCCCAAAGCACCAAGUCUCAGAUCAAAACAUUGACCACGGUGUUGGCUACUCCUGGAGCAUGGGUGGAUUUCAGCUUGCCGGAAUGGCGCUUUCGGGCAGGCCAGCUACUCUGGGAAGUAUCUCGCCAGGGAACAUCCUCGAAGACGUCAAAAGAGCCAUGGAUAAAUGAUGGUAUGGAAAGGAAGUGGCUGCUGGUUCAGCUGCUUCUUGCAGCCGAGCUACUCUUCCGCCUCGAUGCCUUUGUCCGCAUUGAUAUGCUACACGACCCCCAUGGUGGCCAAAUGACGGUUCAAGAAGUAUACAAUUUCGAUAAACUUCGCGAAGGCAAGGUAAACUGGGAUCUUGUUGUCGUGCGCCGCUUUCUUGACAAUCUCGAAAUGGGAUGUCCAUCGAUCUCGCCAGCGGCAUCUGCUGAACAGAACACACCCACCAAGACAGGUCGGCUUUCAUUCUUUGAGUCUAUCGGCCGUCAUAUCUCUUCUGCCACUGAAAAAGCCGACUUGUGCUCCCCCUGGCAAUGUCAUAUAAGCUCGCCCCACACCCGACAACAACUUGAAGGAUUAUACAACUUCGCCGAGAAUAUCGGCUGGCCAAAGAUGGAUGCGUUACGGUCUACCUUUGAAGAAAUGCUACGAAGAAACAGGAGUAUCUUCUUUACUCAGCCAACCGAUAUCCCUCGCGACCAGGAAAAUACACCCAUCCAGCCCGGCGCGGCACUACUGGCCGACGAAAAGAACAUGUACAGUCGUAGCGCAUCACGUCGUUGCGUUCGACUCCACAGCACCUGUCCAGAAGAUGGCGAUCUGCAAGGCAAUGAGCCUCUUGGCUGGAUUUCUCGAAGCUGGCUCUCUGGAUUUGUGAUUCCUGGCGAAGCCAUCUGCCACCUCCUCAUCGGGACGCUACUCGAAAACGAUGAGGAGGCAAUGCAGCAGCUUGGCGCGAUGGCGAAUCUCUACGGUGGCUUUGCUUACGCAGGACGCAGUUGGUGGAGUAAAUCGUGCAUUGUUGGGCGUGUCUUGUCUAGUCUGGAAAAUACAAAAACUUGCAUGGGGUGGGUCGGAAGUGAUAUACUUCCCCGCGAUGUAACUACAUUGGAGGUACUAGCACAUGGUUGGUUUGAAGUUGCGGUCGAAAAACCGUUGGAGCGGUCGGGAAAAGCCAGAAUCAAGCAAGGAGGGAAGCUUGCGGCUGAGUCGACGCCGCUGGGGAUGGGAGAUAUCACAGCUGAUGCAUUUACUCUGCCCAUUGACCUACCAGCGUCGACGCCAACUACCGUCAGCUUGGGUGCAUUAACCUUGUCAGUCAGCACUUUGAUUAAUCGAGGCAUCACAACCAGUGAAGAGACAUCGCUUUCUUUCUCCUUGCAGGAAGAGGGAAAAAGCUCGACUGCUGCAGUAUCCUUCCCACUGAAGCAUAACGUGCGGUUUAUAUCAGCCCAUGCAUGUCUCCCACCGCUUGGCUUUACAUCACACCAUCACUCUCACCACGAGCAACCAUUGGAAGACGAGGCUGUGGCUAAUAACAGCCAAGAGAAACCCUCAACCUGGGGUCAGUAUACACGUCUCCCUGGUCAUCCCUUACACCGGUCUUUCCCGUAUCAACAUGUGCUACUUGACACCCUCCCCAACCAUCGGGGCCCGCAAGCCACACCAGGGUCCAGUGCAGACAAAGAAGUGCUAGUUAUCGACGCCCGUGGACCUCGAGCAAACGAAACUUUUGUGCGAGCCUGGUGCGCAUCAAUUGGCAGCCACGCGCUCAUCGGUCGUGCGGGGCGAACCUGCGUGGCAUGUUGUGUGCGAGAGGCAAGGGCAGUGGAUGUUCAAGUCGUGGUGCGAGUCGGGGAGUGA